AAAUAAUUUCUACUCAUAUUGUCGAUACAAUAGCAAUGCGCGCUGUUAUAAUACAGCUGCUUUGCUUCGUUGCUGGCCUAGUGGCCGCGACGCUGCUGCGCCCGCUCGUGCCCUUGCCAGCGCCCCGAACCCAGCCAGAUGACGACCUAUUCUCGGCAAUUGACACCAAAUUUGAUAUGAUCAACUCUUUCACUAAAAUCAAGCACCCGACCUACACGAGAGGCAUGUGGGGCAUCGCCAACAAGGAGGAGGGGGGCUUCUUCUAUGGUGUUUCAAAGACUCGAUUCAUGUUCAACCACUUGCGGCGGCUGGCGGCCGCUCGCCCCAUCAAUACCAUCUGCGAGCUGGGCUUCAAUGCCGGUCACUCUGCGGCGCUCUUGCUAGAUGCUGUGCCCGGUGCAAAGCUGCUUGAGUUUGACCUAGGUGACCACCUGUGGGCCCUGGAUAAUGCGCAAUUCUUCCAGGAGGCUUACGGCAGCAGGUUUGUCUUUAUCAAGGGGGAUUCGGCUGUGACCAUCCCCUCCGUCGUUGCCAACUCAAGUUCAAAAUGUGACGUCAUUUUUGUCGACGGGGCCAAGGGUGAAAAGAUGCGCCGGCAGGAUGUGCUGAACUUCAUGCAGCUGGCGCAUAAGGAGACGUAUGUGUUUGGCGACGAGGCCAACACAGUGGAGUGUAUGAGCGGCCAGGUUGGGCGCGAGCACCCCAAGUGCUUGGAGGGGCCAAACGGUGACACUGCGUUCGCUUGGAAUGCCCUGGUACGGGAGGGGACUUUACAGCUGAUUGAUUGCUCCCGGCCGGUCCGUGAUGCCGACCUGGUGUGCCUGUGGCAGUACAAGAGCAUUCGGUAGUGGCUCUUCCUGGUGAGAUGGGUGUGCGAUGGGAAAGUGGUAAGGCAGGUUGGUAAAGUCCCGUAGGGUGCAGCUGAUUCCCAGAACCCAACAAAUGGCACACAAUUGGCAACGGCAGGGCAGGAGUGCGCGGCUGGUCGAACGCCGGAGUUACUGUACCGACGAGUUGCUGGCUGGCUGGAAGUUUGCUGACGCGCAUUCCUCGCGCUCCGGGCGCCCGGCCAGGCGAUAGCACCACACAGACACACCGCAACGCCACACUGGCGAGGCAGAGCCGCAUCGCACCUGCAGGAAGGUGACCAGCGUCCACGGAUGAGCACUAGAGGCAACCGCAGAGUCUCCCUAGUUAGAUGGGUAUGCAAGUUAUGGAGAGUUGCGGUCCCAACUGUAGUUAGGCAGGAAAAUCCAGGACGUGGCCAGUUUGCCAGCGCCCAUGUCAUGGGCGUGGCCCGGCGGGCAGGUGCUUGUUACAUGAGUGCGCUCUGGCGCCAGGCAGCACCAGAACGUGCCAAGCAGCGUGGCUGCAUAAUGCGUAAGGCACCACUGUCGAGCCCUGCCGGGUCACUAUCAGGCUACCACCAGCGAGAGGUAUAUAGUGUCG